GUGAGCGCAGCAGCCUGGAGCCCCUUUAGCUCUAAGGACUCACCUGACUCGGGAGCCGGGCGGGCUGGCGGCAAAGGCGCCCCGCUCGAAAACCUGGACCGGAUCUCCCGUUUGGUCUGCGCAGGGAAAGCGGGACCAAUUGGAGAGGAAGCUGCUGAGUCCGGUGGAUUCCCUCCGCUCUCUCCUCGCCAGCCACCCCCGCCCCCCCACCCCGCCUUAGAGGGCCCGGGUCGGCUGCUCUGGAGAGGAACGGAGGAACUUUCCCUUCGAUUGAACACCGGGAGCUGGGCUGCGAGAUCGGUAAUGGCCCAGGAUGUCUUCUGAGGGAGAACCAGAGCCAUCCGCUGGAAAUAGUCCAGAAGCGGCAUUGGCGGCGGCGGCGGCUGCAACUACAGAUGCUAGCGAGGAGCAAAGACCAAUCAAGCAAUCUUUGAGUUCUUCACUGUGCAGAGAAUCUCACUGGAAGUGUCUCCUUCUCUCAAUUCUGAUAUAUAGUUGCCUGGGGGCUAUAGCUUGGUGCCAACUCACACAAGUCACUAAGCUCAGUUUUGAUAGUUCCUUCAAAGGCAAGUCUAUGAUUUACCAUGACAGUCCUUGCUCAGAUGGCUAUGUGUAUAUUCCAUUAGCAUUCCUUGUUAUUCUUUAUGUGGUCUACUUGGUGGAGUGUUGGCACUGCCGCACCAAAAGUGAACUUCAAUACAAAGCUGAUGUGGAAAGUGUCUAUGAUCGAAUUGCCAGAAUGAAACAGGCCACACCAUGUAUAUGGUGGAAAGCCAUAAGCUACCACUUUGUCCGACGGACAAGGCAGGUGACUCGGUAUCGCAAUGGUGACGCUUAUACAACAACUCAGGUUUACCAUGAGAGAGUCAAUACCCAUGUGGCUGAAGCAGAGUUUGAUUACUCCCACUGUGGAUUCAAAGACAUAUCUAAGGAACUCAUGGGCCUGGAAUGGUAUUCCACCACAAGACUAAAGUUUACGAAAUGUUUCAGUUUUGCCAACAUGGAAUCUGAGAACUCUUACUUGGCACAGAGAGCCCAUUUCUUCACAGAAAUAGAAGGCCUAGAUGAUUACAUGGAGAUCAGAGAAGGCAUGAAACUCAAAAAUAUAGACUUCAAAGAAGUAAUGAUGGCUUAUGGAGACCCAGAACAUCUUCCCUGGUACGUAUCCCAUUAUGCUUUCUGGGUGGCUGCUUUGAUGAUGAUUUCAUGGCCACUGAGAGUCUUCAUGGAAUAUCAGACUGCGCAUGUACACUACCAUGUGGAGAAACUUGUUGGCGUGGAGUACAGUGUGCCUUCUGUGGCAGAGGAGCCCCUCUACAGAUACCGAAUCCCCAGGGUAAGCACUCAGGACAGCACUGAGCUUGAGUGGCACAUCUGCACCAAUCGCCAGCUGAUUCCCAGCUAUUCCGAGGCUAUGCUUCUGAACCUGACCCAUUCUCCCGUAUGCAACAGUUACUCGAUUCGCAGAUACAGUGAAAUUACUCAUGGCUGUGAGACUUGCCGUCAUGCCUCCAGUACCUCCUCUAUCUUUUCCCACCACAAUGGCAGUGCAAACUCACAGCUCUCUCUGAACACUAGCCGCUUCUCCUUAUGCCAACUUCAUGGCUCUCACAGGACAGGACUCUGGAGAAGUCACAGCAGCAGCAUCACUGACCGUGGUUGCCAGGAUGACCAAUGCUGCUCCCACUCUAGCCAACUGGUCAUCAACGAAAACCCACCCACUUACCAAGAAGCUCGUUUUUUCCCAGUACUAAUUGUGCAUAGGUCAGAGGGUCAGGAAAGGAGGCACUUCUGUCUCCGCCGUGCUUCCUGCCUGGAGACCUCGCUCUGACUUCCCAUUAAGAGAGUUUUAAGGGCGACUACUUAUUUGCCAAUAACAGCAAUACAUACAACAUAAACUCAUUCAAGUCUCAAUUGUCCAUUUCUCCAAAAAAAAGAGAGACUUAUUCAUGUAGAAAUCUAAGAAAAGUCAACUCUGAAUCUAAGGGUCUCAAUAAAUACUGUAGGUUAGUUAGGAUGUUAUCAUGAUAUGAUUGCUUCUUCAGGGAUUUUUACAGUUUAUAGGGUUUUAUCCCCCUUUAAUCUAAAACUCAUGGUUAGGGUAAGAGAAAUUUCUAAGGCUAUCUUGUGAACUUUACUGAAUUCAGGCCUCCCCUGAAAAGCUCCAUAAACCUCGACUCCUAUGCCAUACUAACCUGGUUCCUGUGUAUGCUACAUGGUGAUAAGAGCCAGAUUCCUGAUUUUAUUAUCUAAUUUUAAAAUAAAAAAGUAUUGUGUGUCCUGCAGAAGACAUAAUAAAAAUGGUUAUCCCUA